GCUCUGGGCCCUAUGACCACCAGCUAGAGUGGGGAGGUGGGCUGCCCAGGGCUGCCCAGGGCUGCCCAGGGCUGCCCAGGGCUGCCGGGGUGGGAAUGGAUAUGCACCAGAGGCCCCUGCAGUUUGUCCAGAGCCUGAGGAGCAGAUGAGUAAUGUCUCAGGGAUCCUGGUAAUGGCUGGAGCACCCCUGGCACCCUCGACCUGGCCACCACCCAGCCCCUCAGCGGCCAUGCCCGUGGCGCCUGCAGGGCCACAGAUGGACCACAUAGGCAACAGCUCCCAGGCAGCCUCCCGGCUCUUCCUCACCACGGCACUGGCCCGAGGUGUCUCUGGUGUCUUCGUGUGGGCGGCUCUGGUGCUCACCUGCCACCAGAUCUACCUGCACCUGCGUUCCUACACUGUGCCCUGUGAGCAGCGCUACAUCAUCCGCCUGCUGCUCAUUGUGCCCAUCUACGCCUUUGACUCCUGGCUCAGCCUCCUCCUCCUCGGUGGCCACCAGUACUACGUCUAUUUCGACUCUGUGCGUGACUGCUAUGAAGCCUUCGUCAUUUACAGCUUCCUGAGCCUCUGCUUCCAGUACCUGGGGGGUGAGAGCACUAUCAUGGCUGAGAUCCGGGGCAAGCCCAUCAAGCCCAGCUGCUUCUAUGGCACCUGCUGCCUUCGGGGCAUGUCCUACUCCAUUGGCUUCCUGCGCUUCUGCAAGCAGGCCACCCUGCAGUUCUGCAUUGUGAAGCCCAUCAUGGCCGUGACAACCAUCAUCCUCCAGGCGUUUGGCAAAUACCACGAUGGAGACUUCAAUGUCCACAGCGGCUACCUGUAUGUGACCCUGGUCUACAACACCUCCGUCAGCCUGGCCCUCUACGCGCUCUUCCUCUUCUACUUUGCCACCAGAGACCUCCUGCAGCCCUUCGAGCCAGUCCUGAAGUUCCUCACCAUCAAGGCAGUCAUCUUCCUCUCCUUCUGGCAGGGACUACUGCUGGCCAUCCUGGAGAGGUGUGGGGCCAUUCCUGAGGUCCAGGUCAUCGAUGGCACCAGGGUGGGAGCUGGCACACUGGCCGCCGGCUACCAGAACUUCCUCAUCUGCAUCGAGAUGCUCUUUGCCUCUGUAGCCUUGCGCUACGCCUUCACCUGCGAGGUGUAUGCAGAGAAGAAGAACUCCCCAGGCCCCCCAGCACCCAUGCAGAGCAUCUCCAGUGGCCUCAAGGAAACUAUCAGCCCCCAGGACAUCGUGCAGGACGCCAUCCACAACUUCUCCCCUGCCUACCAGCAGUACACACAGCAGGCCACACAUGAGGCCCCAGUGCCUGGCCAGGGUGGGCACUCCUCGCCCAGUACCCACCCUGACACUGCCUGUGACUCUGGUGGAGGCCGGAGGAACCAGAAAUUGGAGAAGCGCAUGCUGAUCCGCUCAGAGGAUUUGUAGGGACCUGGGCUGCCCAAUCAUCUGGGAUGAAUAAGAGCCUCUCACCAACACUUGCCAAAGGUCUCCGAAGAGCUCUCCUGUCCUGUGUCCAGCCCCAAGCUGGAUGCUCAAUGGGAGCCCUGACCCAGGAAAGGCACUUGGGCACAUCAGACAAGUCUGAGAAUGCACUGGUGUGAUCGGCCAUCAGCCGCAAUAGGCUGCUGAGGGAGAGGUGCUAAUGUGGACCCAGAGAACUUGAGAGUUGGCUCUUUCAUGGACAUGACAGGCACAGAUGCACAGUCAGCCUGGGCAGCUACAGGAAGGGCCACUAAGGAAAAGCUGGGCAGCCUGGUCUGGGCCAGCAGAGGAAUCACAAAUGCUGAGGGCUGGGACCCUCAGGUGGGGCCUGGCAGAGGUCACCUUGGGCACAUGACACAGCCAUCAGGGCAGCCUACUGCCAGAGCCUUGAGCAGCAGGCAAGGCUGGCUGGUGACCUGCUGCUCCCCAUGGAACCACCUUAUUUAUAAACACCUUGGACUUUCUAA